AGAUUAGAUUGUAUUAUUAUUCUUCAACAACUGUAAUUUAGGGAAGUUGAUUACGAGAGAUAUUUGUCUUAAUUAUCUCUUCUUAAAGUAAAGCAACCAUACCAGGGAGAGAGAGAGAGAGAGAGAGAAUCUAGAAAAGAAAAGAAACCCCCUUCACCUUUUUGAUUUCCUGUAAAAACCCAGAUGAAAGAAAUGGGGAGAGUUCAAAUGAAUGAAUUACUUAAAAAGAAAAGAGAGAGAGAGAGAGAUAGGGAGAGAGAAUAAAGUGAGACCGGAUGUUGACAAAUUUCAGGGUCACUUCCUUUGAAGUUUUGCUUGUUUCUUGUAUUUUAUGGAGAUUUCUUAUCUAGGAUCUCUCUCUAAAAGAGGGUUCUCUCUAUCUUUUCAUUUCUCUCUCUCUAAAUAAACUUUGUUGUUUCAUUUCCAAGAGCAACGAGACUGGCCCAUCAGAUCGAUUUCUCUGCCUUUUUUCUUCAACCCCAUGACGAUCUAAACUAACCCUUUUCUUUUAAUGGCCUUGCAAUUCCAAUAUACUCUUCUUCUUCUUCUUGUUGCUGCUUUUUAUCAUUCCCCUUUGGAAUUUUGAUGGGAUUCUGAAUUUUCCCUUCUGGGGGUUUUUCGUUAGUAGUUGUUGAAUCCUGUGUUUUGAUUGUGCGAUGUUCGAUUGAGGAAUGGGGACAAAAGUGCAAUGCAAAAGUUCCUUGCCAGGAUUUUACCCAAUGAGGGAACUUAACAAUGAUUCUAACAGUCAUAGCUGGCACCUAUUUUAUGGUGAAAGAUCAUUCACAAAUGCCCCAUUUCACAAGGUGGUCUUGCCAAGGGCUAGUGCAAAUGGAUAUCUAGGUGAUGAUAAGGAUGUGGUGAAGCAAAAAAUGCUUGAACAUGAGGCCAUUUUUAAAAAUCAGGUGUUUGAACUUCACCGUCUGUACAGAAGACAAAGAGAUUUAAUGGAUAAAAUCAAAUCCACAGAACUCAGCCAAAACCGUUUACAUGUAGAUUCAUUGCUCUCAUCAAGCCCUUUGACAUCUCAAGUUACUUCUGAAGAUGCUUCGAGACGGAAUCUGCCAUGUUUUCCUAUGGCGAAUUCUUCUAGUGCCAGGUUUUCUAUAUCAGGUGUUGAAGAAGGUCAUUCUUCUUUUAUUCCAGUAAAAGGCAACAACCAGAUGCCUUGUUUCUUUCCGUCACAAAAUGAAAGUACUGUGAAGGACUUAAAAGUUCUCGGGUCCAGACCGACAAAGUUAAGGAGAAAAAUGUUGGAUCUUCAGCUUCCUGCUGAUGAAUACAUUGAUAGUGAAGAUGGGGAUGAUGAAAAUGUGGCUGACAAAUUAAGUCACAAUCACAACACGAACCCAAAGAUUGACCUUGAGAGGGACGCCAAGUUAUAUGCUGAUGAUAGUGAGCAAACUGGUUGCCCGCAAAAUGCUCUUAAAUUGGGCGCAUGUCUAGAAAAAAACACAAGUUGUUUAACUGACUUAAAUGAACCCAUUCAACCUGUAAAAACCAAUGCUUCAACUUAUGUUGAUCCUCUGAGUUCUGCUUCUUGUCAUGGGGAGACUCAAUGUUCCUAUCCAUAUUCAGGGCCAAAGUGUAGUCCUAUAAAUAUGCAGAGGAAAAGUUCUCUCAUCACUGAUAAUAUGACAGGAAACAAUCUUAAUUUGGAUAAAAACACUAGUAGAGGAGGAAUUUUACCCCAUUUUCUUGAAUCAGGGCAUAGUCACUCCAAGAAUUUAUUUCCUCAUGGACUUCAAGCUAAAGUAUGGCCCGUUUCUUCUCAGCCUAUGGAAAGUUUUGCCAAUGAAAUUCAUGAAGCUCCACCUUCUCGUUCGAUAGAUAAAGGUAGGGCAGAACAGUCAAGGGUGGAGCAGGUCUUUGGUUUGCAGUUUACGAAAAGAAGUCCUGAGAUCAAGGGAGAACCACCAUGCUCCUUCGUCCCUUCUCAUACAUCCCCCCUACAGCCUGCUGCUCCUGAUAUUAGCAAGUCCUGGUCCAACUCCAAUUCAUCUUGGGAAAGUGCAAGUACAAACUUUCAGAAGUUAACAACACAAGCUCAGCAAUGUAUGAGUUCUGUAGCUACCAUGCACAAAAAUGUUCAUACCCCGUUUCAUGGUAUGGAGAUUUCUGGAGAAAGGUGGCUUCUUAAUAGUGAUUCCCAACUCAAUAAAGGUUCCGAUAGCGAGUUUUCUUACUAUAACAGGGCUUUUCUAGAAUCUUCGUUUGAGUACAAGGAAGUAGGCCACCCCUCAUCUGUCAUUCACUGCUAUCAGAUGCAGGGUACUGGCAACAAUCAAGCUCCCAAAAACUUAAGUCCUUCCAUGUCAUUGAAACUUCUCAAGGAUUCAAAUCAUAUUGAUGUGAAAGGUCCAAAAGAGAGAAAUUUUAAUAUGGUGUUUUCAAAUAAUUCAACUGGUCAAGCGGAACCUGCCGUUGGGGAACAUUGUAAAUUGCUACCUUGGCUUAGAGGAACUACUGGUGGAAGCACAGAAACCACCAAUUCAGAGAGGUUCUCAAGUGCUGGGGAACUUAUUUAUGUUAGGUCUUCAAUAAAUUCUUUGCCUCAUAGAAGUUCUCAUUCAUUUCGUAAUGACAUUUUCAACAAAGAGUUUGAAUCAGUCAGUUCUUCUAAGAGUCAAAAACUUCUUAAAAUAUCAACUUCUGAAGAAUUACAGGAUCCCAAGAAAGCAAUGUCUUCUCUCGCUCGAUCCUCGGUCCAGUGUGAAGCUAAAGAAAGCAGGGAAUGCAGAGUACUUGAUAUCAACUUGCCUUGUGAUUCUUUAGCUUCUGAAUCAGACAAUCUAUACUCAGAGACACUGAAGGAAGGAAAAGUUUCCAGUUUUGGACUCAUUGAUCUGAACUUGAGUUUAAGUGAUGCCGAAGAAUCUUCAAGACCGAUUCCUAAAUCAGCCGUCAGAAUGAGAGGAGAUAUAGAUUUGGAAGCCCCUGCAAUUUCCGAGACUGAGGAUAUUGUUCCUGCUGAAGAAAUUAUAGAAACGAAUCAUGAAUUAGCUUCAAAACAACACUGCAAAGACAUAAACCAAGAAGAUGAGCUCAUGGAGUUAGCAGCAGAGGCAAUGGUUUGCAUUUCCUCAUCUAUUUGUCAUAACUACUUGGAGGAUGCAACUUGCAGUUCAGCACAAGAUUCUACAGACAAUCCCCUCAAUUGGUUGGUGGAGAUGGCUUUCUUAUGCUCAGAUGGUUAUGAAAGUGAGUCUCAAGCAGCAUUGAGAGCGAAACCAAGUAGUGAUGAAGUGGAGUCUUCAUUAGAAGGGAUGGACACCUUUGAGUCCAUGACAUUGGGACUGAUAGAAACCAAAGCAGAUGAAUAUAUGCCGAAGUCCUCGGUUCCAGGACAUAUAACAAUGGAAGAAAAAGCUAUCAACUUACUGCAAAACCGUCCUCGAAGAGGCCAGGCUAGGAGAGGCAGGCAACGGAGGGACUUCCAAAGGGACAUUCUUCCUGGCCUUACUUCUCUAUCAAGACAAGAAGUUACAGAAGAUCUUAAUACAUUUGGAGGGCUAAUGAGAGCAAUGGGUCAUGUCUGGAAUUCAGGCUUGGCUAAGAGGAACUCGUUAAGAAACCCUACCUCUGGCAGGGGAAGGCGGCGGUCGGUGAUCAGCCCCUCCCCACAGUCAACUGAGAAUCUUCCACUUCUGCCUCAGCCUAGUAACACUGAGAUGGGACUUGACAAAAGGAGCCUGACAGGGUGGGGAAAGACAACUAGACGGCCACGCCGACAAAGAGUCCCGGCCGGUUUGUUGGGUUUUGAUGUAGAGAGGUAGAAGCUCAGUCUUGCUCUCUAAAGACCGUAAACAGGCUGAGAGGCAGCACUUCAAUUUAUUCCACCUCCCAAUCUCGUAUGUAGUAUGAAUUAUGCUCGGGUUACUGCAAACUACAAACUGCAAAAGGAAGGUCGAACUUCCUUCACGUAAUUGUUUUGUUCUUUGGGGGAAGAUGUUGAUGGUCUUCCCGGUCAAAUACCCCAGAUAAUCAGUAGGAAUAAGAUAAUCUUAUCCAUCAUGUUGACAUGAAACUAUGAAAAUACCACUCGAAAUAAGUUGAAGGUUGACUUAGAUGCUCAGCAGAUAAUCAGUAGGAAUAAGAUAAUCUUGGUUCUCCAACGUUGCAGUUGAAACCGUACUUCUAAUGUCUACGACCUGGAAUGCCAUUAUUGCGUUGAA